UUGGAGCAACUUGUCAAGUAUUCAGCUAGAAACUACAUAAAAUCAACAUGACCGGACGCGGUAAAGGAGGAAAAGGUCUUGGAAAAGGAGGCGCCAAACGUCAUCGUAAAGUACUUCGUGAUAACAUCCAGGGAAUCACCAAGCCUGCCAUUCGUCGGUUAGCUCGUCGUGGUGGUGUGAAGCGUAUCUCUGGUUUGAUUUACGAAGAAACCCGCGGUGUGUUGAAAGUAUUCCUGGAGAACGUAAUCCGUGAUGCAGUCACCUACACCGAACACGCCAAACGAAAGACCGUUACCGCCAUGGACGUCGUUUAUGCCCUGAAACGGCAAGGACGCACCUUUAUGACGGCCGUGCACAUACAAUCUACUCAACCAAAUUCAACAAUGGCCCGAACCAAGCAGACCGCACGUAAAUCUACCGGGGGCAAGGCUCCUAGGAAGCAGCUGGCAACCAAAGCCGCUCGCAAGAGCGCACCAGCCACCGGUGGUGUGAAAAAACCACAUCGUUACCGUCCGGGAACCGUCGCUCUCCGUGAGAUCCGUCGUUACCAGAAGAGCACGGAGUUGUUGAUCCGCAAAUUGCCGUUCCAACGUCUGGUGCGUGAAAUCGCCCAGGACUUUAAGACCGACUUGCGUUUCCAAAGUUCCGCUGUCAUGGCAUUGCAAGAAGCAAGCGAGGCGUAUUUAGUCGGCUUGUUUGAAGACACCAACUUGUGCGCCAUCCACGCCAAGCUUAAAAACAUUUCUCCAACAAUCAUGACAGGACGCGGUAAAGGAGGAAAAGGUCUUGGAAAAGGAGGUGCCAAACGUCAUCGAAAAGUACUCCGUGAUAACAUUCAGGGAAUCACCAAGCCUGCCAUUCGUCGUUUAGCUCGUCGUGGUGGAGUGAAACGUAUCUCCGGUUUGAUCUACGAAGAGACCCGCGGAGUAUUGAAAGUAUUUCUGGAAAAUGUGAUUCGUGAUGCAGUCACCUACACCGAACACGCUAAACGAAAAACCGUUACUGCCAUGGACGUUGUCUAUGCUUUAAAAAGACAAGGCCGUACACUUUACGGAUUUGGUGGAUAAAAUUAUGAAACAUUAAAAUUUAUUUAUACUUAAAAGGCCCUUUUUAGGGCCACCAAAUUU